GGCUGCCCGGCUCCCCCGAGAGAGACCCGAGGAAGAGCCUGGAGCUGGCGCUUGGGAAGAGCCUGCCGGGGCCACCACCGGGGCCACCACCGGGGCCACCACCGGGGCCACUCACGGGGCCACCCACGGGGCCACCGGGGCCACCGGCAGGGCCACCAGCGGGGCCGCUGCCCCUCACCCUCCGCUUUCACCUGCCCAAGGAGAGCGAGGCCGAGCCCCCCCCGCGCCCCACGAAGAGGAAGGUCGAGGUGGUGUCACCGGCCACGCCCGUCCCCGCCCCCACUGAGACCUCUCAGGCCUCCGUGUUCCCCCAG